AUGGCAACCUCCGUCUCAUAUCGCAAUGGAUUGACUCAUUAUCUGGAGGGAAUAUCACCUACUUCUUCCGCAAUGCCUAUAGAUGCCACAUACAAGGCCAUUGAUUGGACCAUUCAAAGGCAAGCGGUGCUUGAACAGUACAUCAAGGUUUAUUUAUCCAAGUUGGUAGACCCUUCUCGCUUCUACAAAGACUUGGAUUGGAAGUAUAUCUCUAGAAGUUUGGACUUGGACGACCAUCAAUAUGUGCUCUUGAAGAUCGAUGAACUAUUAGACGAUUAUUUGUAUGGAAUCCAAGGUGUUGCUCCUGUCAUCUGGAAAAGCAACGACAACUCACUUUUCCAGCAAGUCAAUCAACUGAUCGAUGCACUAGGGUUAGAGAAAGAUAGACAAGUCGUACAGAGCAAGCCACCCAGAGUCACGACUGCCCGUCCCAAAGAAGUACGAUCCAUUCACAGUCCUCCUACGAACCCCCUGAGGAAAGAGAGGCGUUCUUCACUUGAGUUACUCCCUAGACCAACAGGGUUCAAAAAUGGUGCCAGCCUUUCUAAAGGAGAUGCUAGCAUGACAAAACCGGCAGAAACCAGUACUUCCAAUAUCAAUGUCAUCACACGUGCUGAGGUUAACUAUAGACCCGCUGAAACUUCCAAAAAACAGCCACAGGUACUCAAUAGAUUCAAAGGUGUCCAGAAUAGGUUGAUGUUGCUUGGGAAGAAAAAGGAACCGAAGCUUCCCCCAACUCCCCAGCUUCCUAACUCGCCCAAUAGUCCUCGAGAGAUUCCGAACUUCGGCGAGCUAGCACUGACUGAGAGAAACCGGAGACGGCUGUCUGUGGUGGGGAUGAAUUUACCGAUGUAUAUCAGAAAACAGCUUCAGGAAGAAGUCAUUGACGGAUCGGCAGUAAUAGACGUUCAGGAUUCGAGAAUAGACAAGCCAAAGGAUAUACAAGAAAAUAUCAACCACAUGCCUGUUCUCACGGCAUCGCCAGUCAUCGACGAAAGAGCACCAAGAGAAAUAGCCACGAAGGACUCUUCAAACGAAUCAUCGAAGGACAGAAGUCCCAAGAAAAACACCCGCUUGCAGAAUCUCUUAUCUAAUUCCCAGUCGCUCUACUCCCACGCAAAGGAUGUUUCAGAAAGUGCAGACAAUGGUAAUGUAGAGGACGAGUCGGAAGAGGAAGAUAAGGAGUAUAUUCUGCCCAAUCUGUUAACUCGAUUCUAUGGAGCACAGCUUGAGGACAGCGAUAGCAAUGACGAGGUUCUACGGGCUCUAGACGAGGAUGACGUGGAUUUCGUAAAUGUGAACGAAAGUUAUGACGAGUUCGGAGUCGUCCCAGAAGACCAAGAUGACGACUAUUUGUUCAAGGUAUAG